CAGUACCCAUGAACAAUAGAGCAACAUACACAGAGAUGUUGAACACUCGAUGAUUUUUCAAAAAUUUGAGUGGAGGUGAGAACCUUCAUUGGAAUAGAUGAAGAUAACAACAGUACCAUCGAAUCGAAGCUUGUGGACAUCACCGGACCAGUGUUAACUAAUGGCAGUAUACUCAUCCUGCAGCCUACAACCAUUGCAAAAAUCUAAUUAUGACUGUCUUUAUGAAAUUAUGUGCUGUAGUAGGACAAUUUUUGAGAUAUGCACACAUUAAUAAGUCAAAUUAGUCUAGUUUUAUUACAUGAUAAUGUUCUUAAUAUUUGCCACAUGUACGGGACUUACCUAGUCCCCUGUCGCAUCUGAUUAUUUCUCCUCUCUCUCUCUCUCUCUCUCUCUCUCUCUCUCUCCCCAUCCGAAUUCCAAAGACUCCAAACAAACCAAGAACCCGAGACUAACUUGAAUGCAACUGAAAAGAAAAGACAAAAAGAAACAGCAAAUGGUUCGAUGAGUAUAGCAAAAAGAAAAUUUACUGAAUUUAUUUUGGAUGUUACUCUGGACACCUUUCUCGAUGAUGAUACUGAUGGAGGAUCCAUUCUAUGAACAGGGAAAUCCUACCCAAUUGGUGAUUAUGCGGCCAACAAUAAGUGGGAGAUUUUGCACAGGGCAGCACCAUGGAACCUGUAAGAACUGAAGCUAAUUUGGCGUGGUGGAGUGAUAGCAGACUUGCAACCAGUCAAAUUUGACGAGAGUGCCUUGACAACAAGAGGAAAAUAUGCAAUUAAUGUCUCCACAUCACGCCGGGCCGAUUGCCCAACGUACAUGGUAGAUUUUGUUUUCUACAACUUGAUUUGCUUCAGAAAUAGAAAUAAUCGUGGACAAGGAGUUUGCUUCUUAAUCGAUCUUUGUAGGAGAGAAGUUCUAAGGCUCCCUAAGAAUGAUAUUACCAAGGAUUCAAAGUCUCCAGUAUUCUGUGACUGGUAUGGUAUGGGGUUUGAUAGUGUUACCAAUACUCUCAAGAUUCUUCGUGUUACUAAAGUUAAUGCAGCAGACUGCAUGGUAGCUCAAGUUCUUGUACUUGGCAAAAGCUCAUGGCGACAAAUAUCCUCAGCUCCUCUUUGCUAUCUGUCUGUUAUUUGUAAUUUAUUUUCCCCGAAGAAUGCAUGUGCAUAUGGAGACAUGCAUUGGUUGCGUGGUGAUGCCAUGGUAAAGGAAAGUGAAGCUAUAAUUUCUUUUGACUUCAAGAAAGAAGAGUUUUGUUGGACGCCUCACCCCAAGUUACGAAGCUCAAAGGAGUACACUUGCUUGUACAUGCACUUGCACUUGCUUACUCUUAAAGGAUCUUUGGCCCUAGUGGAUACUUCAUCUUCAGAAGGUAUGACUACAAAUAUUGACAUAUGGCUGAUGAAAGAUUAUAAAAGAAAAGAGUGGACGAGAGAUUAUAGCAUAAGUAUCGAAAUGUUUGAUUUGCGUAAGGAGUUUGGAAGGUUGACAGAUGUUACUUGUGAUGAAUGGGAGCAUGGUAUAUUUUUCAAAAACUUUCAGAAUAUGCCUGCAUUCUUUUUAGAUCUAAGAUCUGCUCUCAUGAAUCCAGUAAGAUGUGAGAGUGGGAUCCGUACCAAAAUCUUGAGCUACACACGGAGCUUUAUAUCCUUAAAAGAUUAUGACAUUUUGGUUGAAGCUGAACGUGGCACUGGAAGUCUUAAAAGUUAUGUUAAUUUGAUGGAAGAAGAAGCACAAGGAUUUAGCUUAUGUGAGAGGCACGUGCUGCGCGGAGUUUCUUUAAUCCAAGAAGGAAACUCUCGGUUCUUUGUUAUUAAAUAUAAAUCAAUGGUCAACUUUGCUUCCCCUCUCGGACAACAUAGGAUUUUCUACGGAAGGGCAAGAGAAGAUACUGGCCAUCACAUUGUUGGCAUGCGUACUCGACUCCCGACUGUUUUAUAG